AUGACUUCGUCCAGGGGGCGGGCCCUGGCCAACGCUGACAGCUCAUUGGUCGACCUGGGUAACAGCGGAGUAACCAACAGUAACGAUUUCCUGCGAGACAUCUCUCUGAACGUGUCGCCCGAGCGCUCCUGCCACAGGAAACCUCUCUUCUCCUCCACCCCCAGCUCACGUUCCCUCCCUCCUCCUCCUCCCUCCUUCGUCCGUCCACCCAACCUCGCCAGUGACAUCAUCUCUCUGAACACCACCGAGGAGGAGGAGCUCGACGUUCUAGAGGACCCCGUCUCUCUCACAGAGCUGGGCCAGGCAGUGGGACAACCAGAGGUAGGAAACCGUGAAGAGCCGACUCCCCGUGGAUCAACCAGUCUGAGGAGUAACGGGAGCCGGAAUGGAGACUCGGCCAUCCAAGAUGGCGUCGGACGGCAGCCAUUUUGUGUCGGCGACGGUGGGACAGGAUUGGCUGGCCGAGGUAGUGAAGGCGAGGUGUCUGACACGGGGCUGUGUCGUACGGCUAGAGAGAGUGCACAAACUGCACGGCAACACCACAAGUUCACGCCCUGCGUCGACCAGACACGGUCACAUGACAACGGCCGAUCUGUUGACCACGUGCGCUCGGCGACGAGGGGUCAGUCCAUCGACCACUCGGAGAUCUGGGAUCCCUCUAGAGACCGCACAGGGUCAGGGAAUGAAGGGCAGUCUGUAGACCACUCGGAGAUCUGGGAUCCCUCUAGAGACCACACAGGGUCAGUGAAUGAAGGGCAGUCUGGAGACCACUCGGAGAUCUGGGAUCCCUCUAGAGACCACACAGGGUCAGUGAAUGAAGGGCAGUCUGUAGACCGUGCGGUCAACGACAGCGGUCAGUCUCUGGGCCGUAUCGGGUCUGUCAGGCGGACCAGUGAGGAACCUGUCAGGGUGAAGCAGAGACUGAUCACACACUGUGAGGUACAGCUGGGGAGGCUGACCGUAACCCGACCCCACAGAGAGACCAGCCUGACCGUAACUCGACCCCACAGAGAGACCAGCCUGACCGUAACUCGACCCCACAGAGAGACCAGCCUGACCGUAACUCGACCCCACAGAGAGACCAGCCUGACCGUAUCUCGACCACACAGAGAGACCAGCCUGACCGUAACUCGACCCCACAGAGAGACCAGCCUGACCGAAACCCGACCCCACAGAGAGACCAGCCUGACCGUAACUCGACCCCACAGAGAGACCAGCCUGACCGUAACUCGACCCCACAGAGAGACCAGCCUGACCGUAACUCGACCCCACAGAGAGACCAGCCUGACCGAAACCCGACCCCACAGAGAGACCAGCCUGACCGUAACUCGACCCCACAGAGAGACCAGCCUGACCGUAACUCGACCACACAGAGAGACCAGCCUGACCGUAACUCGACCCCACAGAGAGACCAGCCUGACCGUAACUCGACCCCACAGAGAGACCAGCCUGACCGUAACUCGACCCCACAGAGAGACCAGCCUGACCGUAACUCGACCACACAGAGAGACCAGCCUGACCGUAACUCGACCACACAGAGAGACCAGCCUGACCGUAACUCAACCACACAGUCUCGUCCCUAAAGACCACGUUCCCAGGGACAGUCUCGUCCCUAAAGACCACGUUCCCAAGGACAGUCUCGUCCCUAAAGACAACGUUCCCAAGGACAGUCUCGUCCCUAUAGAGCACGUUCCCAAGGACAGUCUCGUCCCUAAAGAGCAAGUUCCCAAGGACAGUCUCGUCCCUAAAGACCACGUUCCCAAGGACAGUCUCGUCCCUAAAGACCACGUUCCCAGGGACAGUCUCGUCCCUAUAGAGCACGUUCCCAAGGACAAAGACAGUCUCGUUCCUAAAGAGCAAGUUCCCAGGGACAGUCUCGUCCCUAAAGACCACGUUCCCAAGGACAAAGACAGUCUCGUUCCUAAAGAGCAAGUUCCCAGGGACAGUCUCGUCCCUAAAGACCACGUUCCCAAGGACAGUCUCGUCCCUAAAGACCACGUUCCCAAGGACAGUCUCGUCCCUAAAGACCACGUUCCCAAGGACAGUCUCGUCCCUAAAGACCACGUUCCAAAGGACAGUCUCGUCCCUAAAGACCACGUUCCAAAGGACAGUCUCGUUCCUAAAGAGCACGUUCCCAAGGACAGUCUCGUUCCUAAAGACCACGUUCCCAAGGACAGUCUCGUUCCUAAAGACCACGUUCCCAGGGACAGUCUCGUUCCUAAAGACCACGUUCCCAGGGACAGUCUCGUUCCUAAAGACCACGUUCCCAAGGACAGUCUCGUUCCUAUAGAGCACGUUCCAAAGGACAGUCUCGUCCCUAUAGACCACGUUCCCAAGGAAAACCACCACAGUACGAAGGUGGGAGGAGCUCCUAAAGAGGGGAGGAGCGUGUCUCGGGAGGGGCCCGCCACCAGUAGGAAGGUGGGAGGAGCUCCUAAAGAGGGGAGGAGCGUGUCUCGGGAGGGGCCCGCCACCAGUAGGAAGGUGGGAGGAGCUCCUAAAGAGGGGAGGAGCGUGUCUCGGCAGGGGCCCGCCACCAGUAGGAAGGUGUGUGUGAGCGGUAUGAGUGUGAGCCGCUGGGGAAGGAGAGACGGGGCUCCCAACAGCAGAGCAGCACCUCCUCCUGGCCGGGCUGGGGACUGCAGUAUUAUAACUGCUGUCAAAAGCUAA